CAUGCAUCCCGGUAUUUAAGUAUAGAUACAAAAUACUUCCCAGCUUCGGCUGCUCAGCUCAUAUCUGAUCAGCAGCAUUCAUUACCUUCGGCCGGCGCAUUCCCUCUCCAGCCGAUCAUUGGCCUGCCACGGGCCUUUCUGCUUUCUUCAGUCCGGGUUGGCUCCUGUCAGCCUUGCCCACCAGCCCAGCCGGAUGACUAGUGAGGGCCUAAAGCACCCCGACACAUGGUGCCCUUCCUUCGAGGUCGCCGUAUUCGGAUACGAUCAUGGUUCAUGGAUGCCUACCUACAUACAUGCAUGUCCCGAUCGAGCUUCUUACCUCCUCCUCCUCCUCCUCCUCCUCCUGAUCUCCCCCCCCCUCAUCGUCUCAUUUUCUCGUUCAAUUCUUCCUCUUGCUCGCUCUUCCUUGAUUUUUUGAUCUUUACUAGUGAAGAUCUCCGCUCUCCUGGUCCUGCCUGGCCCUUCUUCGACGGAAGACGCCUCGUACACAAUGCCUUGAGGUGUGACCACCGCCGUCGCACAGGCGUGACUGCCGGGCCACUGACUGCCCACGACCGCCUCCCCCCAUCUACAUCAUGUCCCGCCCUCCGUUGCGCAAGACGCUCCGCACAGCGGCAUCUAGCCAGAUUGGAUAGUGGCCGGACGCGAUCUGGUCGUUGCGGUUCGGGAGGGGGGCGCGGCGGAUAACCAUAUCCUACAGUCGGGUUCGAUCUAUCUACGGAGUCCGGAGUGUACAGACUACAGAGGGAGGUCCUCGGGGAUACUCUCUCCCCUCUUGCAGGUACGAACCCAGCUUGGUGGGGUAGCCACCAUCCCGGCUCAGCUCCUCACCCGGGGAUCCCUACCCACGGGAGCGAUAGGCUAUCGGAUCGUCCUGACCGG